UCGACAUACAAGAAUUUCGAGUCCUGCAUUCAUUGAUAAAUCGUCCAAUUCCGCGUCCUUGAGCCCUUGAGUUUAGCGUUGCUUCUUCGAGCGUCCGUUUUGACAGGAAAGCCAUCACCAGCUGAAUAACCGGUUCCAUCAAGAGAUAGAUCAGUCCAACACAGUCACAGUCAUGGCAAGAAAGAACAACAAAUCGCAAAACUCCACUCCCAAGAAGAGUCAUACUGAGAAGCCACCUCAAAGCAUACAAUCAACCUGUCCCGCAGCAGAAGGUCGAGAACUAGCCCCAGCUGAAGCACCAACAUCGAGAUCACUUCUCAGCCUCGUGACCAACAUCAAAACCCAGAGAGCGCUGCAAUUGAUCCUGCUAGCAUGCAUACACGCCGCAGUCUCCCAACUCAACCUCUCACCAGUGUAUGGAGCUGUCCCAGCUGGUCUGUACCACCGCUACGGCCUUACAGCGGCAUUUCUACUUGCGUUCCUCCUUCGUGGGUAUCUACCAACCUGGAUCGGACAAGGAAUCACACCAUUUUGUUUCUGGAUCCCCAUCAUCCAAUUCUGUUUGUUUAGACUGAGCUCGACUCUCGGGAAUCCUCUUGGGCCUAUUGUCACAGAGUGCUUGACAUGUUUCCCACUCGUCACGGUGUCAGUGUACAUGGCGAUGGACUUUCUCGAAGAAGGCACCGGAAGCCAACAAGGCGACACAUUCCCCUCGAUGGGUCUCUUCGUGCUCUUCACAGUCAUGCAAAGAGUCUGUAAAGCGCUGGUCGCGGCGAUCACAGGUCCAGGAUUCCUCCGAUCGCGCAUCGGGAUGCAAUUGAUGAUCGCCUCACUUUACGGCACAGUCCUGCCUAAGAACGUUAUAUGGCCAUCCCUCCCCGCCGUCGCAUUCACUAUGGUCGCAAAUCCGCAUUGUUCGCUCUCGAGGACGACAGAGGUGCUGAAUAACACGUUGGCGCUUGAUGGGUACACGCUGCUGGAACGAAAGGAGUCCGUUACAGGAUAUAUUUCCGUGCUGGACGAUACGCGGCGCGGACUGCGCGUCAUGAGAUGCGACCACAGCCUGCUCGGCGGCGAGUGGAGUAUGCCUUCGAAACCAUGGAGACAAGUCGGCGAACCUAUCUAUGCGAUUUUCACGAUGCUCGAGGCAGUGCGGCUGGUCGAGCCUACUUCUUCGGCGUCCGAGAAGAGUCUUUUGAACAUUGGUCUGGGCAUUGGGACGGCCCCAUCUGCCAUGAUUGCGCACGGAGUUGACACGACAAUCGUCGAGAUUGACCCCGUCGUGCACGAAUUCGCGACAAAGUACUUUGCCCUCCCCACGAAUCAUACCUACUACAUGGGUGAUGCACUGGCUUUUGUCUCGAACACAUCUUCGGGCGCGAGCUACGACUACAUCAUUCAUGACGUUUUCACGGGCGGCGCUGAACCAGCGGAACUGUUCACGAUGGAGUUUCUGGCGGGUCUGCACACACUGCUCAAGCCUGAGGGGGUAAUAGCAAUAAAUUACGCCGGCGAUAUCGCCAUGCCUGCGGCCUCCAUCAUAUAUCGCACCAUUACCUCGGUCUUUCCGUCAUGCCGAGUCUUCCGGGAAGACGAGGCUCCCGACCCAAACGUCAAGCCAGAUGACUUCACCAACAUGGUAUUCUUCUGCCGGAAGGACUAUAGACCACUCACAUUUCGAAAGCCAGUCGAAGCCGAUUUCCUGGGCAGCGGCGCACGGCGGGAGUACAUGCUCCCCCAGCACGAGAUCGCGCCGUCAACAUUUGACACGAGCGUUGACGUGCUGCGGAGCGGCAAGACGAAAGAGCUUGAAAAGUGGCAGGCCCAAAGCGGCAUUGGACAUUGGAAAGUCAUGAGAACGGUACUCCCGGAUGCCAUUUGGGAGAAUUGGUGAAUCCAACACACCUAAGACUUUCCAUGAUAAUGCACA